AUGAAUACCAAUAACCUGGAGAAGAUGAUGUCACGCUUACCAAAAUGGAUUCAAGCUAAGUUCGUCGAACACUUGAGUAAGCUUGAACGAAAGGGACAAACGUUACCAUCCUUUAAGGACGUCGUGGAGUUCUUACGAGAUAGAGCUGACAUCGUCAAUCAUCCAUUUCUUGCAAGGCCAACUGUCGAAGGCACGUCGCCCCAAGGGAAAUCGUCGAACACGAGGUUCAAGCCUACUACGCUAAAGCCUUCAACUUAUGCAAUCGCUGCAACAAGUAAGGAUCCGGCAUGUGAGUUAUGCUCAAAUUCCCAUCGUCUGUAUCAUUGUGAUGCAUUCAAGUCUAAGUCUAUUAAGGAAAGAAAUGACUUUGUGAAGAGUAAGCAUCUCUGCUUCAACUGUCUGAGCUCAACUAACCACAACGCUAAAACCUGCAAGUCCCAGACCAGAUGUCGAGCUUCUGGUUGUGGCAAGCCUCAUCACACUAUGCCACACUUCGAUGAAUGCUUAACGACUCAAGUCAAGCGUCCGCCAUCGCAGGCGACGAACGCGAGCGGACGAACUACACUAGAACCCGUUCAAGAAGUAAACGUCUCACCUGGUAAUUCACACACAAUUUCGAGUGACGUCAACGCGACCUCAACACGUGAAACGAGAGAAGUCCUGCUACAAGUGGUACCAGUGAAGGUGAUAAGCAACGAAAGACACUCGCUAACUACAUACGCACUACUAGAAUCUGGGUCAGAUAUCACGAUGAUUGACCCAUCACUUGCCAUGCUUCUGGGGUUAAGAGGAAGACCCAGUAAGCUUCGUUUCAAUACCGCAAGCGAUUGCAAUGCCGAACAAAGUGGAGUAAAGGUUGAUUUCAAGCUAGCCUCAGUAAGUGGCAAUGAUGAGACUCAGGUGUACGUCAAAUCAGCCUGGGCCACCAAGGAACUUACAAUCCUCCUUAAACAUAACAAGGUGCUAAAUUCCACUGAUCAAUGGCCGCACUUACGUGAAGUCCCAUUUCCUACCGUAGAGAGACAGAGGAUAUCAGUCCUGAUCGGAACCAAUGUGCAAGAAGCGUUCGUACCGGUGGAAGUGACAAGAAGAAACAGAGAUGAGCCCGUCGCCAUACGAUCAUGCCUUGGAUGGAGUGUCCUUGGCGGUAGCUUUACACGAGGUACAAGUGAACCAGCGAAUCUCAAUUAUAUACRUAAGGAGGACGUUACGCUGAAUGAACAACUGGAAGAGUUCUGGAAGGUCGAGUCAUACGGGUCCCAUAAAACGGAAGCGAAACCAUUGUCAGUUGAGGAUCAAAGGGCCAUGAAGAUUAUAGAUGACACUAUAUGUAAGGUGGGCAGUAACUACAGGAUGGGACUGCUAUGGAAGACGCCAAACCCUGAUCUCCCUAACAACCGCAAACUAGCUGAAGCAAGAUUGAGCAAUCUGAAGACACGGCUACAACGCGAUCCCGAGUUGCUGAUAAAGUACAGAAACGUGAUGGAGAACUACAUAGCUAAGGGUUACGCUUCAAAGUUAUCGAGAGAGGAAGCAGAGAACACWGGAUCUWAAACAUGGUACUUACCUCAUCAUCCGGUUUACAACCCAAACAAACCCGGAAAGAUCCGCGUUGUAUUCGGCGCGGCUGCGAAGUUCAGCGGUACGUCUCUAAAUGAUAACCUUCUCCAAGGUCCGAGUCUUAUCAAUGACUUGUCCGGAGUCCUGCUUCGAUUCCGUGAGGAACACUCCGCCUUCACAGCGGAUAUCGAGGCAAUGUUUUACCAAAUCAAGGUGGUUUCGAGUGAUACAGAAGCUCUCAGAUUCUUAUGGUGGUCAACCAACUUGGACGAUCGACCCGAGGAAUACAAGAUGACGGUGCAUAUCUUCGGAGCGAAGUCUUCCCCCUGUUGUGCCAGCAAGGCUUUGAGAGUGACGGCAGCGGACAACGCAGACAACUACGACCCUGACGUCAUCCGUACAGUCGAACGCAACUUUUACGUCGACGACGUAUUAAAGUAA